CAUUUCCGUUUGGCGGAAGUUGACGUUGCUAACGUCAGUGAAAACAUUACUGAUCAUAUCCAGUAUUUAUAGCGGGAAUAAAACGUCAUUAACCGCUAAGGCUUUCGGAUAGUUUCUUGCCAGCAUGUUGGGCAUGUGUCCUGUGGGGUCGCGUGAUUGAUGGCGGCUCUGGCAGUUUUCCGUCACGCCUGCAGCGGCCCUCUUCUCUGGGGCUGGGGACCUGUUCUGUUCGGCCUGCUGGGGUCCGUAUUCGUUCUGCUGCUGCCUUUAGCAGGGAUAGAGGACCAAUGCUGUGCCUCACUGAAGGGUCUCGCUCUUCUGCGCUGCCAGCUGUGGGGGGGUGUCCAGCGGCCUGUGGUGCACACCACCAGCCUGACUGUCCCUUUCACUGCAUUAGACCUCCUGCCACAGAAAGUCAAGCCCAGUAAAGAGACUCAACUAGAGGCAAAAGCGGCUCUCCAGCAGGCUUUGGAGAUGAAGAAAAAUGGCAAGAGGGAGAAAGCUCAUAAGCUGCUCAUCCACGCGCUCAACAUGAACCCAGAGUUUGUGGAGGCACUUACUGAAUUAGGAACCAUACUGGAGGAGGAAAAAGACGUGGUCCAGGCAGACCACCUUUACACCAAGGCCCUGGCCAUCUCACCCUGCAACGAGAAGGCUCUGGUGAGCAGGGACCGCACGCUUCCUCUAGUAGAGGAGAUAGAUCAGCGCCACUUCGGAAUCAUCGAUGGAAAGGUACGGCGUCUCAUGUCCAUACCCAAAGGCAACUCUGCUCUGCGGCGGGUCAUGGAGGAGACCUACUACCAUCACAUUUACCACACCGUGGCUAUCGAAGGCAACACGCUCACUCUGUCCGAGAUUCGCCACAUCAUCGAAACCAGAUAUGCCGUUCCAGGAAAGAGCCUUCAAGAACAGAACGAGGCAAUCGGCGUUGACGUGGCCAUGAAGUACAUCAACACCACCCUUCUGUCCCGCGCCGGAGCCAUCACCGUAAACGACAUCCUAGAGAUACACCGACGUGUCCUAGGCUACGCCGAUCCCGUGGAAGCGGGCCGAUUCCGUGCCAGCCAGGUGUUUGUGGGCCAUCACAUCCCCCCGCACCCGCAGGACUUAGACAGGCACAUGCACGAGUUGGCGCAGUGGCUGAACUCCGAGGAAGCGCUGCAUCUCCACCCGGUCGAGUUCGCAGCUCUCGCGCACUAUAAACUGGUUUACGUGCAUCCGUUCGUGGAUGGGAACGGACGGACGUCUCGCCUGCUCAUGAAUUUAAUUCUGAUGCAAGCUAGUUUUCCGCCAAUCACCAUUCGGAAGGAGCAGAGGGCGGAGUAUUACGCCGCCCUGGACACUGCCAACGAGGGCGACGUGAGGCCCUUCAUUCGCUUUAUUGCGAAAUGCACAGAGAUCACGCUUGAUACGCUGCUGAUAGCCACAAGUGAGCAUGCAGUGGGGCUGCCCGGGGCUAGUCAUCCCGCUUGUCCUGACUGUAAACACACCAUACCUGUGCAUAGCUGAUAAGAUGCGGAAGUGUGUUUCCGCCACUAAAUAAAAA